GUGCCUUGACACGAUGACGUCGAGAGAAGAGAGCGGCCCGGGCUCGUUGGGGUUCUUCACGGGGGUGUCCGUGGAUGACAAGAAGUACGAGUCCCUGCUGGAAGACCUCCGUGCGCACGAUCUCUUGGGACCUGCGGACGACAUUGCCUACGAUGCAUAUGGCAGCGGGCUGUCUGGACGGACUUCGUCGUCGCUGUUGCUGCAUGACAAUUUGUCUGCGAUUUUCAGUGGCAAUGUCCCCAAGGACUGCAAGUCGCCGACAUACCCACCCCCCCGUCAUGUCGUACCAACUUCGACUGCUGCCCGCGCCCCACCUCCGGGUUUCGCGUCUGCCCCCGUCGGCAACGCCCCGACCCAAGCCGAUCUCGAAUGGGCGCGGAGCCAGCAAGAGUUUGCGUUGUUGCGUGGGGAUUUCUCUCGCAAAGCCACCCCCAAUGCCGUUGAUACCUUGAACACGCAGCAAGCGUACUUGUACUCCGAAGAAGACGAGGACGACGAUGCGCUCUUGGACAACUUGACGAUCCAGGACCUGGGCUUGGACGACGACGACGACAAGCAACGAGGUGGUGCCCCUCCCCUUCCUUCUUCGUUGCCGCCUCCGCCAUCGAUUCCCCCUGGCUUGCAUCCUCCGUCGCCGCCGCAGUUGCCACCGCAAAGCGCGCCAUACCCGCCUCAACAGCCGCAUCCAUCGUAUGCAGGAGUGCCUCCUCCAGGAAACUACCCGCCACCGCCACCACCUCCAGGACACUACUACGUCCAACCCCCGCCGCAUCUCCAGCAUCAUCAUCAUCCCCAAGGCCCUCCCGGCGGCUUCCACGGCCCGCCGCACCUUUUGUACCACGGGCCGUCGCCGCAUGCGAUCAUGAACGAAAAGAUCUUCAAAGUCAUGAACCCUCGCGACGUGCAGUUUGUGGUCCAGCAACAGCUCAAGCAGAUUCGAUCGAGCGAUCCGUUCAGCGACGACUAUUACUUUCACAACUACCACGUGAAACGGGAACGAUCGGGGUCGGUGCCGCCCGUCGCGGGCGCCGCGCUGCCGCUGCCGUCGUGGAAGCUAGAGCAUGUCAAGGCAUUCGACCCGCGCGAUGUAUCGCGGGCGACCAAGUCGCGCGAAUGGGAAUCGGACAACCACGUGUUGGGGCGCACGGCCAAGUCGAGUUUGUACCGACCUCGCGAGAUGCUACACCUGGACGACAGCAAGGACGGGGUGUGUGACGUGGCGCUGUCUCGAUCGACCACGCCGGCUACGUCCGUGUUCCUCAACGAGUCGUGGUCGAAGCGCCAGCGCAUCAACGAAGGCUUGGUGCAUCUGCUGGCCCUUCAGGACGCCCGACACAUUCUGGACGCGCGCCGCAUCAACGUGGCCCAGUUCCACCAACUCGACCCGGCCCAGAUGGACCCAUCACUCGUGGACCUCCGCAAUAAGACGACCACUCUGCUGCUCGAGCUCGCCAGUGUGCUGGGCGUGACCAACCCCCAGCAACCGGCCGACGGCUUUGACCGACCGGCGCUGGACGGCAUCCUCGCGGUUUCCAAGGGAAACAAGCUGGUCUGCCGCGCGCUGCCGCUGCUGCACCCGUCGGCGCGCUUUGUCCUGUUUCCGCAGUUGGUGCACUACCUGUUGGUGCAGUCGAUCCACUCGACAGAGGACCAAGACCGCCUCGCCCAGACUCUAGUGGUGGCCCUGCUGUAUCAGCAGCCGUCCCCACCCGCGGACGUGCUCGCCGAGUCGAUUCAACUGGCCUUGGCAACCCAAACCCUGCAGUCGCUGUCGUUGGUGCUGCACAACCGGGCGCGUGCCGAGCUCUUGCAAGCGUUGCUGCAAAAAGGCGGCGCCGUGUGCGCGACGGCCGCCGACGACGUCAAAGCGAAAUGGCUCAAGUACCAAGACGUGUUUGUGGCCCUGGCGUCGCGCAUCAAAGAAACCACGCAACCUUAGAACACUCUGUACAUCAUCUGACUAGGAUAUACAGUACUCGACAGCGGACAAUAUCGCUUGUUCAGACUAUAGUUGUAGUAUACAUAGUAUAUUAAUACUGCCUACUUCAUACGUACAGUACAGCGGGUACAUCCUGGUAUAAUAUAUACUAGUAUACUACUUCGAAGUACUUCGAAGUACACAACACGGUUACACUAUUUGAACAGUUGAAAGCUGGGAUUCGGUGGGCACAACCAGCGGCAAGCAAACGCGCUCGAGUUUGCAGCAGCACGUGAGUGUCGUCACGAGAAUCCCCAGCACGAACAGCAUCAUGCGAAGGUGGUGAACGGCGGAGACG